AAAUGAGCAGAAUGUAUCUUGAGUUCUUCAAUCUAAAAUCCAAAGUUGGAUUUAUAAUUUUUUAAUUAAAUACUACAAUAUCCUCUUAAUUAGAUGAGAUUAUUUUUCAUAUGUUUUUGUAUAUUAAUUAAUCGUAACAAUCUAUAAGAAAAUCGAUAUAAAGACAGAAAGUCAAAAACACCGAAUAAAUGCCCAACGAAACGAUCGUUCGUGUCCAGACUUCACAAUAUAUUUGUGUCUUUGCUAACCAGGAGGUAGGUUGACUAUAAAAUCACGCAUCCGCUCGCUGUAAGUCACAGUACUUUUUCUUAUUCAGAAGUGUACAGUACCAAAACUAAAGAUGCAACAUUAUACUAUCUUCCUCGUCGUAGCUAUAUGCAGUUGUGUAGCAUUAUGCAUAGCUACGGAAGGUGAUAAUCAAUACGAUCAUCAUGCAGAUACAUUUAAAACACUCGAUACAACAGACGAAUUGAAUAAUGGAGCUGAAGUACAUACAAGAACAAAGAGGACACUUUUCUUAAAGAAAAAGAUAUUAGGCGCUGGACUUUUAGGAUUUGGUGUCGGUGUUGCUAAAGGCUACAAACUUGGAUACCAUAGUGCCCCUGAAGUUCAUCGUAUAUAUGUGUCAUCACCCCCAGCUGUUAAAUAUGUGGAAUAUGUUGAGAAACCUGUUUAUAUUUCAAGAAUUAUCGAAAAACCCGCGCCAGUUUACAAAGCAGCUCAUUUAGAUUACGAACCAUCCUGGUCGCAACCUGACCCUUCACCUCAUUACGGAUCUUGGUAAAAAAUAUUUGACAUUUUUACAAGCAAAUGCAUAAAUCAUAAAUAUCGUUCUGGGGGCUAGCAUAUGGAUUAUUCAAUGGAUUUAAAUUUAAAAGAAAAAAUUCUAUUAUUCUACAUACCUUGAAAUUUACUUCUCAGUUGACAUGACAAUUAAAAAUCAUAGAAAAAUCAACAACGAUCUUUAAGCAUGCUCCUGUUUAUAACCAAAAAAACUGUAUCUGUUAAAUAAAAUAUUGUUUUUAUAAUAAAA